AUGCAAGGGUUACCGUCGCAUGGGUGGCGACAGCUAAACAAGCUAGCGCUCACAUCCCGUCUUACAACUCUCAACGUCGGCACGGUGCCUGGACGGUACAACGAACUACCUAAAGCCAUUGAAACCAUACGCAUAGACAACUGUGCAGUGCAAAAAACACGGUGGAGAGGAAGCAAAUCUGCCUACGCUCCACAAACUGGCCAAGCAACUUCUGUCAAGGACGCCUUUUGGAGGAUGCUUUGUGCAAACACUGCUAAAGUGCCCCUAGAAGAUUACAUCACCAUCGCUGGUGAUCUGAAUGGGCACAUAGGGUGCAGAAAGGAAGAACAGACUGCUCAUGGUGGGCAUGGAUUCGGAGAAAAGAAUGACGAAAGUCAGCUUAUCCUCGAUUUCUCAGAAGCUCAUAACCUGGCAAUUGCGAGCACAUGUUGCGACACAACACUGUCCAUUGAUCUGCAAGCUACAAAUAAAGUUUCCAACAAACAAGCACAUAGAUCGCACAGGACCUUUGAAGAAAGCUGGGAGAAACUUGAAGAGUCUGCUCACAAAGCUGCACAUGCAGUUCUUGUAACAACAAGACCAGGGCGACGAAGGAUCGAUAGAGAUACGUGGAUUUGGAAUGACACCAUCAAAGACGCGGUACAUACAAAGAAAUGA